AUGGUGGAUGUAGGAAAGUGGCCAAUCUUCACUCUGCUCUCACCUCAAGAAAUUGCAUCUAUUCGGAAAGCAUGUGUCUUUGGCACCUCAGCCAAUGAAGCACUGUACGUUACUGACAAUGAUGAGGUCUUUGUAUUUGGACUGAACUAUAGUAACUGUCUAGGAACUGGAGAUAACCAGAGUACACUUGUACCCAAAAAGCUGGAAGCCUUAUGUGGAAAGAAGAUUAAAAGCCUUAGUUAUGGGAGUGGACCACAUGUUCUUCUCAGCACUGAAGAUGGAGUUGUUUAUGCCUGGGGCCACAAUGGAUAUAGCCAGCUUGGGAAUGGGACGACCAACCAAGGCAUUGCUCCCAUCCAAGUCUGUACCAAUCUCUUGAUCAAGCAAGUGGUUGAAGUAGCUUGUGGCUCACAUCAUUCAAUGGCUCUGGCAGCUGAUGGAGAGGUAUUUGCUUGGGGGUAUAACAACUGUGGCCAGGUCGGAUCAGGAUCUACAACAAAUCAACCAACUCCUCGAAAAGUUACAAACUGUUUACAUAUUAAGAGGGUGGUUGGCAUUGCCUGUGGUCAGACCUCAUCCAUGGCUGUUCUGGACAAUGGGGAGGUGUAUGGCUGGGGUUACAAUGGCAAUGGUCAGCUAGGCUUGGGAAACAAUGGCAAUCAGCUGACCCCUGUGAGAGUGGCAGCUUUGCACAGCGUGUGUGUGAACCAGAUUGUCUGCGGCUAUGCACACACUCUAGCACUAACAGAUGAGGGCUUGCUCUAUGCCUGGGGAGCUAACACGUAUGGGCAGCUGGGAACUGGCAAUAAAAAUAACCUGCUAAGCCCAGCACACAUCAUGGUGGAGAAAGAAAGGGUAGUAGAGAUUGCGGCCUGCCACUCGGCCCACACGUCGGCUGCCAAGACCCAGGGCGGGCACGUGUACAUGUGGGGCCAGUGCCGGGGCCAGUCCGUGAUCCUGCCUCACCUCACGCACUUCUCCUGCACCGACGACGUGUUCGCCUGCUUCGCCACUCCUGCUGUCUCUUGGCGCCUCCUGUCUGUAGAGCAUGAAGACUUUUUAACAGUUGCUGAAUCACUGAAGAAAGAAUUUGAUAGUCCGGAAACUGCUGAUCUGAAGUUUCGAAUUGAUGGGAAAUAUAUCCAUGUCCAUAAAGCUGUUUUGAAAAUCAGGUGUGAGCACUUUCGAUCCAUGUUCCAGUCUUACUGGAAUGAGGAUAUGAAGGAGGUGAUAGAAAUAGACCAGUUUUCUUACCCAGUGUACCGUGCCUUUCUCCAGUACCUCUACACAGAUACAGUGGACCUGCCACCUGAAGAUGCUAUAGGUCUUUUGGACUUGGCCACGUCUUACUGUGAAAACCGGCUGAAAAAGCUCUGUCAGCACAUUAUCAAGCGUGGAAUUACGGUGGAGAAUGCCUUUUCUUUAUUCUCUGCUGCAGUCAGAUACGAUGCAGAGGAUUUAGAAGAAUUCUGCUUUAAGUUUUGCAUCAAUCAUUUGACAGAAGUUACACAGACUGCAGCAUUUUGGCAAAUGGAUGGCCCUCUGCUAAAGGAAUUCAUUGCUAAAGCCAGUAAAUGUGGAGCCUUUAAGAACUGA